CAUUAUUUAAUAUACAAAGACAUGCGGCUGCUUUUCACUCUUCGUUACUUAUGAUACGGCGGUCCUUCAUCUGCUUCCAUGGCGCCAUGACGGUACUUCUCUGAUGGUGAAUCUUAAUAAUGGGAUGGAUCUUUCAUCACAGAUUCCUUCAUAGAAAAACAAGUCAACAUCAGUAAUGGCAAAUAAUCUACAACAUAAUGUUCCUAUUGAUCAUGUCAACCAACGCCCAUCUAUUUGCACGGUUCCCAGUGUACUUAGAGAUCUUAGCCCUGAUUCAUUCAAACCUCAGUUGGUCUCUAUAGGACCUCUACACAAGAAAGAAACAAAUGUGCAAUAUAUAGAUAGCCUGAAAAGGACUUAUCAGGAUGACCUAUUGAAUCGUCCAACUUCCCCACCAAAGCAGCCCAAAACAAAAUUAGAAGACUGUUUGGAAAAAGUCAACGCUUCAAUAGCAAAAAUCAAGUCGUCUUAUUCUGCAACGGAAUAUAGUGAGGACCAACUUGCCAAUAUGAUGGUCAUGGAUGGUUGCUUCAUACUAGAGUUCUGCUGGAAAGAUUAUAAGGAGGAACCAUCCAUGUUGAAGAAGUUACAAAGGAAUCGGAUUGCCGUUGACUUGAUGCUACUUGAAAACCAAAUACCUUUCUUUGUUCUUCAAGAUAUCUUUGACCUCACCAAACCCGAUUCCCUAAGUCUUUCCCUUACUUCCCUUCUCCAAAAGGUUCUAUUAAGGGACCUCCAUCCGUUUUACAUUUCCCCAGAUGAGUUUUCAUCCCCAAAUGUCUUAAAUAAUUCAAAUCAUGUUCAUGUUCUUGACUGUCUGCACAAAAUUUACCAAUUUGAGUCAUCAGAGAUUGCAGAUGCUCGGACAGCCUUGAAUUACAGUCACUCAACUGUAAACUUGAUGAGUUCUGGGGUCAUUUUCAAGCCUCAGAAAAAUAAAAAUACGGCAAUGGCCAUGGAAUUUGUCGAAGCAUCUUCAUCUGCUUUGGUUCCUUGGGGGAAGCCUACUCUUGUAAUGCCAACACUUGUUAUUCAAAAUUAUACUGAGGUAGUUUUGAGGAACUUCAUUGCAUAUGAGCAAUUGUUUCCGGAAGUAAACUAUUGCUUCACAUCUUAUUCAUUUGCCAUGGAUAAGCUAAUCGAUAAUGAAGCAGAUGUUGUUAAAUUGGUAGAAUCACGAGUCCUGAUACACCAUCUAGGUUUCCACAAAGAGGUUGUCAAGUUGAUCAAGAGCAUAUGCAAAAACAUAGAAGUUGAGCAAUUCUAUUACAGCAAAGAGAUUAAAGCAUUGGAUAAAUACUACAAUUCUUUUUGGCCCUACAAUCUUGGAGAUCUUAGACGCAAAUAUUUUGACAGUCCCUGGGCGAUUAUGAAUGUACUUGUUAUUUAUCUGUCUUUGAUUCAGACCGUAUAUGCUAUCUUGUCCUAUGUUGACAAGUCCUCAUCAGAUAAGCGGUAACUACUUUGUGCCGAUUGAAGCAAUGUAGCAACGACCAAAAUUCCAGGUUUGCCUUUUAUUCUUUUGUUGGUCAUCCAUGUUGUAAAACUACGUUAAAUUCAGUGUCCAGCUUGAUGUAAUUUUGUGAUGAUAUGUACUUUCCUUAAAGUUCUCGUUCGUUUUUGCAUUGUGUAAUAAUUAAUUGACGUACAAGAAAUAAUCCAAACUUUUGGUUAUAGCAA